UAGGUAAUUUUAAUUUUUUUAUACAUGUAAAUGGACUAAAUUAACUCUUUAUGGCCGGUCACAUUAUGGCCAUUUAGCAUCACUCUUUAGGUAAACCUCAAAUUUUCACACACCAAAAUGUUAGUUGUUACCAGCCAGUCAAUUUCCACACUCACUCUUCCAAUUCCCAACCAUUUUUCCUCUCUCAAUUUUUUUAUUUCGAAUUUCAUUAUCAUUUUUAGUGUUCAUAUUCGAGUGGACAAAUUUCUUUCAAUUUGGAAAUUUGAAUUUAUUAAACAAAUCCAUGGCUGAGCCGCCCCGAAGCUGGCUACAGAGCUCGUUACAGGCGGCGGUUCAAGCCGUGCAAUGGACCUAUAGCCUCUUCUGGCAAUUCUGCCCUCAACAAGGAGUGAUGGUGUGGAGCGACGGAUGCUACAACUGGGCGAUAAAGACGAGGAAGACGGUGCAGGCGGCAGAGGAGAGCGAGCAGCUGAGGGAGCUCUACGAGUGCCUCGCCGGAGGAGAGGCCGAGCAGAGGUCCUCGGCCGCGCUAUCGCCGGAGGAUUUGACGGAGUCGGAGUGGUUCUACUUGAUGUGCGUCUCCUUCUCGUUUCGGCCGGGAAUAGGGUUACCUGGGAAGGCAUAUGUAGAUAGGCAGCAAAUAUGGCUUACAAGAGCAAAUAAAUCAGAUAGCACACUCUUCUCUAGAACUAUUCUUGCUGAGAUGCCAAAAAAUCGUCUGCUAUACAAGAGUGCUAAAAUACAGACAGUAGUAUGCAUUCCUCUUCUGGAUGGGGUGGUGGAACUUGGGACAACAGAGAAGGUUCAAGAAGACAUUGGAUUGGUCCAACGUGUCAAAGGCUUCUUCGUCAAUUGUCAAAACCCUAAACCUCCAAGGCUGGCCCCAUCGGGCCACUCGACUUCUAACCCGACCUCCUCAAGCCCCGGUUAUUACUCUCUGGCCUCUCAAAUGGCUGAGGAAGAGGAAGAAGAAGUUGGGUCUGACUCAGAUCAAGUAGGCGGUCUCACUCCGCCUAAUCAAAAUCUUGCUGAAGCAAUGCAUCUUGAUUUGUCCGACCAGGAUAUUAGGGUUGGAUCACCGGAUCAUAGCUCAAAUAAUUUAGGCUCGAAUUUCCACCAUCUCGCCGUCACCCAACGAGGAACUUCGUCAGAGCACGGUGGCAUCGAUAAGGAUGUAACGGUGCAUAGAUGGCCGUGCAAAGACCCCAUCAUCACCAGAAGCUUUCGAUCAUCGCAUUCAGCCGAUUUAAUAACGGAAGAAGACGCACACUAUUCACAAACAGUGUCAAGCCUCCUCGAAAACCAGUCGAACCGGUGGUCCACGCUGUCCUCCUCCUCCGACACCGCCUUCUCCAAGUGGCUCCCAGAACCGGCCGCCUCCACUUCCACCCACUGCCGCCACGACCAACUCCUCGACGGCGGCUCCCAGUGGGUUCUCAAAUACGUACUCUUCACCCUCCCACUCCUUCAGGCCAAGCCCCGCGACGCCUCUGCCUCCGCAUGCCACGGCCCACAAGACGAGCUCAGCAGCAACCACGUGCUGGCGGAGAGGCGCCGCCGCGAGAAGCUGAACGAGCGCUUCGUCAUGCUGCGGUCCAUGGUGCCAUUCGUGACAAAGAUGGACAAGGCAUCGAUCCUCACCGACACCAUCGAGUACCUCAAGCAGCUCAAGUGGAGGAUUCAGCAACUCGGGGCGGAGAGCGAGAGGAACGUCGGGCGGCAGGAGAAGAGCGGGCUCAGGACAGACGGGGGCAAGAGGCCGAAAGUCGGGGCGACAGUGGAGGUGUCAAUCAUAGAGAGUGAUGCGUUGGUUGAGAUUUCAUGCGUGGAUAAAAGUGGAAUGUUGCUGGAUUUAAUGCAAAUGCUUCGAGGUUUAGGUUUACAUGUCACCACUGCUCAUUCUUCCAUCAAUAAUGGCACUUUCAAUGCUGAGUUGAGAGCUAAGCUAACAUUAAUGUUCAUUUCGACACACGAAAAAAUCCAUCGAUGGGGAAGUCGGGUUGGUCUCAACCGACUUCCUCACGUAUUGAUCACACAAAAACUUAUGUAUGACCAUCUUUCUUUCAGAUGGUGGAGAGUGCGAACGGCCGGAGACCGAGCAUCACGGAGGUGAAAACAGCGAUAAGUGCACUUAUCUAGCGCUAUUGUAUAUUAAUUUCACUUCAGUGACAAAAACUUGUGGAGUUAAUAACUAUGUAGAAUGUAAAAUUUCAAAACCAAAAAAAAAAGUUUACCAAAUUGAAAAUUUGAUCAAAACACCAUUUCCUCAA